GUCUCCCGGCGCUGGCGGCGGCGCGCACGCAGCCGCUGCGGUUGCCGCCGAGUGAAUGGCCGCCGUCCGCUAGUGAGACGCUACCGGGCCCGAGCGGCUGAGACGCGGAUCGGUGUCGCCUCUCCCCCCCACCACCACCACGCACACACAAUGGAGGGAGUAAACUGAGGGCGGGGCCGUCGAGCGAGUCCGCCGUGCUCGCUGUGAGCUGAGGGGCCGAGCCCGGGGGCCAGCUGAGGCGAUGCUCCGCGGCACGGGCCGGGCGCUCGCCAGCCGCCGCCGUCUGGCUGCCGAGUGAAGGCGGCCGCGCUCCCGCCAUGGACAAACUCACCAUCAUCUCAGGCUGCCUCUUCCUGGCGGCAGACAUCUUCGCCAUAGCCAGCCUGGCCAACCCAGACUGGAUCAACACCGGGGAGUCCGCAGGUGCUCUGACGGUUGGCCUCGUUCGCCAGUGUCAAACAAUCCACGGGCGUGAACGAACAUGUGUCCCUCCUCGUCUUCCACCUGAAUGGGUCACCACACUCUUUUUCAUUAUCAUGGGCAUUAUUUCAUUGACGGUAACGUGCGGCUUGCUGGUGGCCUCUCACUGGCGAAGAGAAACCACCAAAUACGCCCGCUGGAUAGCCUUCGCUGGAAUGAUCCUGUUUUGCAUGGCGGCCCUCAUCUUUCCGAUUGGAUUCUACAUCAAUGAGGUUGGUGGCCAGCCUUACAAGUUGCCCAACAACACCCAGGUUGGGUCCUCGUACGUGCUGUUUGUGCUGUCCAUCUUCUUCACCAUUGUGGGACUCCUGUUCGCAGGGAAGGUCUGUCUCCCCGGGUGAGGGCCUGGCAACAUCCGCCUGGUUUUUCAUCCUUUGGGAAGACCUGGUUACCGCUUCCCGAGUUGCGUCUCUGCAGCCGGAGAACCGUUGGAGCGACCUCUGCCAUCGAGGAUGGAUUAGUUCUUGUCACUACGCACUUUGGAGACGGAGAAGACGAGUUUCCUUCACCCCGUGAGACUCCAGAACCGAUGAGCAAACUGCUUUGUCGAUCAGGGCGGGGCUCUGAGGGGAAGGCGGCCGAAGAGUUACCAAGACCCAGCCUCCUUUCCCACCGUUAACACUAAACCUAUCACUGUUUCAUCUUAACUGCGGACGUUGGAAUCCACUCUUGCUCUUUACAAAGAGCCUGGGUUUGCGCUUGUGGGGCAGGCCUCACUGGAAGGACUUGGCAUGCUGCAGCAUCUCAAAGAUGAGAAACCAUUCAAAGACCGAGGGAGGGGAGGGGAGGGGGACACUUACACUACUUAAACUAAAGUGAUACCAAAAUGGAUUUGACCCAGGGUUUGAGUCUCUGCAGUGGCCGUCUGACCAGGGCAAGGCGGGUGAAGCGUACAGAUCAAAAGUUGCAUUCUAGUCUGUAUAAAGCAAUUACAGAAAAUUAUUCCUGCUGGAUAUUAAAGCCAAAUAUAUCAUUAUUUUUUAAAUAAUAUCUAAGAGACGCUCCCUUUUCCCGUUUUCUGUUGGCCGAUGCAGUCCAAUACGGAUGCAGCUUGGGAGAGUUGGUCACAAUACUGGAAGACACUACUAUGCGAACGUAGAAACGAUUCGAGUCGCUGUUACCUUGAGGUUGGAAGCCCUCAGUUACCUCAUUCUUUGUGCUUUGUCUCGUUUUUAUUUUGUAGCAUCUGACCCUGACUCCGGUCCCCUACUUUCACACAAAUACCACCACAGGUCAAAACUUCGCUGGGUGCAAUUGUCUUUAAAAGUUGACUAAGCUGAACUAAUAGAAAAGAAAGUUAUCUUUAUUAAAUUAUUUCUAUAUGAGGAGAAAAUAAGAUUGUGACGUCCUGUUCAAGACUCCACCGCUUGAUUUUUUUUUUUUUUUUUUGCAACAUCGUAGCUUAUGUACUGGCUGUGAUUGUCUAAAGUUGCUCAGUCAUUCUGAUGUAGCUUUACCUCCUCUGUGUGCGUGUGCGUGUGUGUGAGAAAAAGAGAAAGAGAGAGAGAGAGAAACCCUUGAUCUACAGUUUCUCUGGGAUGUCCGUUGCUUAACAUUACAAGAUGGCACCAUGUCUAAUGGAACUGGUGGUCUGCUUCCACAGGUCAGGGUAGGGGCAGCAAGGAGAACUUUGCUUUUAACUCCUGGCACCACUGUGGAGCUUACUGCGACAUUGGGAGCGCUGUGGGGGUGAGCUGCCUGAUAUAGACAGGCAGAGGGAUGCAGCAGUUGUGCAGUUGAACUUGUUAACCAUAGUGUUACUGCGCAUCGCUCAUCGGACCCCGGCAUUAGACCUGAACAAUGUGCUGGGGGUCGGAAUUGCUCUGCGGCUGCUUCCAGGGUGCUUCUCUCUCCUCUCAAAGUGUCCUGCCUGUCUUGGCCAUGGUAGACGGGUGCUCCCAGGCACCUCUGUUCCAGCUCUCCCCACUGACAGGGCACAAAGCUUGGGAGGGGGGGGGGGGGGGGUGAGCAACCCACUGCCUGUGGUGUGUGUUCACACCGACAGAAGGAGAGAGGGAAUGGGGCAGGAUGUAAGAAUCAUGGCUACAAGGAGUUACAUCGGCAGCAGCUUCAGUCAUCUGCAUGGGAACGGGAUGUAGGAUGUAGGAAAAACUUGUGCAUUAAGAAACGAUUGUGUUCCAAAGCAAUCUUAUACCUCAGCUAUUUCCUUGCAAGUUCUUUGGGCAGCACGCUGGACGCUGGGCCCUCUGAACCAAGCAGCAGGAAGCAGGUGAGAGUGGCUGGGAACAUGAACGGAGAGAACACUAGGUGAUUGGAAUUACAGCUGGACUUUAGAUUGAUUCCAUCCAUAUCGUGUACCCCAUUGUUCUAAACCAAAAGCUAGAGAUUCCUGUAAAAAAAUGUAGGGAGGUAGUUCAUUGAGUUGUAACAAAAGUUUGUUUGGUUGAGUUUGAUGUCAUCAACUUGAUGUAGAACUUCAGGUUUCCAUGAACACACCACACUAUUAUUUUAGUGCGCAUGGUUUCCACUACAUAGGCUCUCCAAGCCCACUGAACGCUGCAUCGUUCCUCAUGCUCAAAUACAUUCAAUCUGUCCAACCCUCCAUCCAUCCAUCUCUCCCUCCCACCGUCCCUCACUCUGUCCUCCAUAUCUCCCUUCUCUUCCCUAUCUCCCCCCCCACCCCCCCCCCUCCUAUUACUCUCUCGCUUUGCACGUUCUUUAGCAUUUCCCUUCACUUGCCCUCUAUCUUUCCUGAGCAAAACAACGUGCUGGAGAACUGUGCGGGAAUGGCCAGGGGAUGUUUCAGGUCGGGGCCCUUGGUCAGACUGAUAGUACAGGGGAGGGGUGGGGGUGGGAGCUGGCAAGUGAUAGGUGGAGGAGGUUGGGAGCUGUUGGCCAGCAGAUUCCAAGUCCAACUAUUUGUGCCGGCUCUUGCCCCACCCCUCUCCCCACCUCUCUGACAGCUCUCUCCCCUCUCCCCGUAAGGCUGAAGAAGGGGCUUGACCUGAAAUGCUGUUUGUUCAUUUCCUUGGCAGAUAGCUUAGUUUAGAGACACAGCAUGGAAACAGGCCAUUCGGCCCACCGAGUCCAAGCCGACCAUCAAUCACCCAUUCACACUUGUUCUCUGUUACCCCACUUUCACAUCCACUGCCCACUCACAGAGGCAAAUCAGAGGAUGUGGGAGGAAACUGGAGCACUCGGAGAAAACCCAUGCGGUCACAGAGAGAACGUGCAAACUCCACACAGACAGACAGCAUCUGAGGUUAGGAUCGAACCCAGGUCUCUGGCACUGCGAGACUGCAGCUCUACCCGCUGUGCUGCCCGUUUCUGACCCGCUAAGUUCCUCCAGCGGUUGGUGUCUUGUUCAAGAUUCCAGCUUCUGCAGUUCCUUGUGUCUCUUCCCUCCCCGCUGGUGUUCAUGUUGUAUCUUUUCACCUGUUUAAACGUGCGGACUCCACAGGUGAAUGCUGUAUACCUGGCCAGGUGGAAGAUCAUAGCAUAGCUUGGCAUUGUUCCUUCUCACACCUUGCUCUCCAAUCCUGGCUGCACACUUAACAUAACACAAGUACAUGAAAUAACACACAAGGGACAGUUCAGAAUAAAAGUAUUUAUGGUCGACACCACAUAUAUGAUUGACCGGUGAUUUUUAAGUGACAAAUCUGUACAUAAAAGGUUAUAUCAAGGUAAUGCAAGCAAUCCUUAGGAUAAAUUAUCAUAAAAUGUCUUACGGUCUGGUUACUGAUUCAUAGAGCAACAAUUUUUAUAUAACUUAUUAUCUGUCAUAUAUUUUAUGGCAAACCCAUAACGCAGUCCUUCAGUAAUACAAUAUCGUA